AUGGACACAGAGAAGAAGGACACGACGCAGGAGCAGCAGCCCGCUGACAAGGAUCAGCAGAAGGGCAAGGACAAAAAUGCCAAGAAGAAGAAGGAAGAGGAAGAGAUGUCUGAAGAAGACAUCCAGAAGAAGGAGGAGCUGGAGCUGCUCGUUACACGCACACAGGACGCUGAUGAGGGCAUCGCGCGAGUGGCACUCGAGACUCUCAAGACCGAGAUCAAGUCUGCCACCUCGUCGAUGACCGCUGUGCCCAAGCCCCUCAAGUUUCUUCGUCCCCACUACGAUCUUCUCAAGAGCGUCUAUGAAAAGCUCCCCGAGGGUGAUAACAAGAAAUCGCUGGCCGACGUCGUCUCGAUCCUUGCCAUGACAAUGGCAGCUGAGGGCACCAGGGAGAGCCUGCACUACAAACUCAAGGGCAACUCGGGCGACAUCGGCUCGUGGGGUCACGAAUACGUGCGCAAUCUGGCGGGAGAGGUGGGCCAGGAGUUUCAGAAGAGGAGCGAGGAGGGAACGCCGGCCGACGACAUACUGGAGCUGGUCGACAUCAUCGUGCCCUUCAACAUGCACCACAACGCCGAGCACGAGGCCAUCGAUCUGCUGAUGGAGGUCGAUAAGCUGAACAAGGUGAUCGACCACGUCGACGACGGCAACCUCGAGCGCGUGUGCCUCUACCUCAAGAGCUGCGCCGACUACGUGCCCGAGCCCGAGGACACCCACGUCCUCCGCGUGACGCUCGAGAUCUACAAGAAGCUCAACCGCCACCCGGCCGCUCUUCACAUGGCCAUCCGCCUCAACGACGUGAACGAGAUCCGCGCCAUCUACGAGUCUUGCCCCGACGCCACUGUCAAGAAGCAGCUGGCGUUCAUUCUCGCCCGCCAGAACCUCUUCCACACCAUCGACGAGUCCGAUGAGAGCCUCACGGAGAUCAUCUACCACACCAACUUGAGCGAGCACUUCCUCGUUCUCGCUCGCGACCUCGACGUGAUGGAGGCCAAGACGCCCGAGGACAUCUACAAGACCAGCACCACCGACAACAGGAACACCUUUGGCGCCAACGUCGAUUCGGCCAGGAACAACCUCGCCUCUACGUUCGUCAACGCCUUUGUCAACGCGGCCUUUGGCCAGGACAAGCUGAUGACCGAUGAGGAGACCAAGUGGAUCUACAAGAACAGGGAGCACGGCAUGAUGAGCGCGGCCGCGUCGCUGGGCAUGAUCCUGCUGUGGGACGUCGACGGUGGACUCACGCAGAUCGACAAGUACCUCUACUCCAAGGAGGACUACAUCAAGGCCGGUGCCCUGCUCGCUGUGGGUAUUGUAAAUUCGGGCGUGCGGAACGACUGCGACCCGGCGCUGGCCCUGCUGUCGGACUACAUCAGCGACUCGAACGCGCUCAUGCGCAUCGGCGCCAUCCUGGGUCUGGGCAUCGCCUACGCCGGCUCGGCCCGGGAGGACAUGAUGGAGCUCAUCACCCCCGCGCUCGAGGACUCGUCGGCCUCCAUGGAGGUGGUCGGCAUCGCCGCCCUCGCCCUCGGCAUGAUCUUCGUCGGCACGGCCCAGGCCGACAUCGCCCAGAACAUGCUCGGCGUGCUCAUGGAGAGCGACGAGACCCGACUCAAGUCCACCCACGCCAGAUUCCUCUCGCUCGGCCUCGGCCUGCUCUUCCUCACCAAGCAAGAGGAUGCUGACGUCACGCUGGCCACGCUGAAGGCCAUCGAGGGCGAGGCUGGCCGGUAUGCCUACCUCACGGUCGACGCCUGCGCCUACGCCGGUACCGCCAACGUGCUCAAGGUGCAGAGCCUGCUGUCCGUGUGCGGCGAGCACCUCGAGAAGGACAACAGCCACCAGGCCGUCGCCGUGCUGGGCAUCGCCAUGAUCGCCAUGGGCGAGGACCUCGGCCGUACGGCGAGCCCGUCGUCCGCCGAGCCAUUCCCGCUGGCGCUCGGCCUCCUCGCCGUCGGCGACCCCUCCGUGUCCGUCAUGGACACCCUCCAAGGUCUCACGCACGACGCCGACCCCGAGGUAUCGCAGGGCGCCAUUUUCGGUCUGGGCCUGAUCGCCGCCGGCACCAACAACUCGCGUGCGGCCAAGCUGCUGCGGAGUCUGUCGGCCUACUACUACAAGGAGCCCAACCUCCUCUUCGUGGUCAGACUUGCGCAGGGCUUGCUGCACGUGGGCAAGGGCACCCUCGCUCUGGCGCCCUUCCCCUCCGAGGGCAUGCACCGUGUGGCCUUUGCCAGUCUCCUCGCCACCAUGCACGCCUGCCUCGACAUGAAGAACCUCAUCAUGGGCAAGUCGCACUACCUGCUGUACACGCUGGUGAGCGCGAUCUACCCGCGCAUGCUGAUGACGUUCGACGAGAACCUCAAGCCCCUCCAAGUGCCCGUGCGCGUGGGUACGGCCGUCGACGUCGUCGGCCAGGCCGGCCACCCCAAGACCAUCACCGGCUCGCAGACCCACACGACUCCCGUCCUCAUCGGCCACGGCGAGCGGGCAGAGCUCGCCACCGACGACUACGUGUCGGUGACGCCCAUCAUGGAAGGGUUCGUGAUCUUGAAGAAGAAGGAAGAGGAGGACGCCGCGCUCACGACAGGCAAGGCCAAGCAGUAA